GGCAGAGGCUGGAUGGGCAGAGGAAUUGGAGGCAUUGGUGGGGUGAUUUGGGUGGAGUAUUUCCAGAGAGACCCAAGGGCCGAUGCCAUGGGACUGGACGGACCUGUGUUGGUGGCGUUAACAGGGCAUCUGGGGGAGACGCAGGACCUGGUGGUCACCACCACGUGCGCGCUGGGACCAGCCCCUGGGGCCCUUUCCAAUGGGAGCCCUGUCGCCGCAAGACCCGCGCUGACCCCUCUGCUCUGCCUCCCACGCAGCUCACACAAGGACAGCAGGUGGCGCUCUCGUCCAUCUCUUACAUCGGCUGCUCCCUGUCCGUGGUCUGCCUGGUGCUCACGCUGGUCACCUUCGCCAUGCUCUCCUCGGUCAGCACCAUCCGGAACCAGCGCUACCAUAUCCAUGCCAACCUGUCCUUUGCUGUCCUCGUGGCCCAGAUCCUUCUGCUCAUCAGCUUCAGCUUCAAGCCUGGCACAGUCCCCUGCCAGGUGCUGGCCGUGCUCCUGCACUACUUCUUCCUGAGUGCCUUUGCCUGGAUGCUGGUGGAAGGGUUGCAUCUCUACAGCAUGGUGAUCAAGGUCUUUGGCUCAGAGGACAGCAAGCAUCUCUACUAUUAUGGGAUAGGAUGGGGUUUUCCUCUCGUCAUUUGCAUCAUUUCCAUAUCGUUUGCCAUGAACAGUUAUGGAACAAAUAACAACUGCUGGCUCUCCAUCACGAGCGGCGCCGUCUGGGCCUUCGUGGCCCCUGCCCUGUCCAUCAUUGUGGUAAGUCCCGCCGGUGGGUGUGAGGGCCCCCGUCUGCAACCUGUCGCAGCCCCCGGGCAUGCAGCCCGGGACCCCUGUCCCCAGAUGGCUGGCCGGGAGGCGCAGGCGCGCGGAGCCUGCCAGGGUCGGUGUGCACCGCAGGGUCUUUCCCUGAGGGUUCUCGCCCGCGCCCUGUCCUCGCGGCCCCAGCAGGGACCUUGGUGUGCGCCUCGGGAGCGCGGGAUCAUGGGGGACAGAGAACGCGACCCGAGGAGCCGGUGACCGCUCUGCCUGGCCCGGGCUCAAGGGAGGCUGCCGCACGCACGGGUGCUCUCACCUCCGGCCAGG